AUGGGGCUGGAGGCCCAGAAGCUGCCGGCCGUCGAGGAGGCCCCGGUGCGGGUGGCCCUGCGGGUGCGCCCGCUGCUGCCCAAGGAGCUGCUGCAUGGGCACCAGAGCUGCCUGAGGGUGGAGCCCGGGCACGGCCGGGUCACCCUGGGCCGAGACCGCCACUUCGGCUUCCACGUGGUGCUGGGCGAGGACGCGGGGCAGGAGGCCACGUACCAGGCCUGUGUGCAGCCCCUCCUGGAGGCUUUCUUUGAGGGCUUCAAUGCCACCGUCUUUGCCUACGGCCAGACCGGCUCCGGGAAGACCUACACCAUGGGCGAGGCCAGUGUGGCCUCCCUGCACGAGGACGAGCAGGGUGUCAUCCCGAGGGCCAUGGCGGAGGCCUUCAAGCUCAUCGACGAGAACGACCUGCUGGACUGCCUGGUGCACGUGUCCUACCUGGAAGUGUACAAGGAGGAGUUCAGGGACCUGCUGGAGGUGGGGACGGCCAGCCGCGACAUCCAGCUUCGGGAAGACGACCGGGGGAAUGUCGUGCUGUGCGGGGUGAAGGAGGUGGACGUGGAGGGCCUGGACGAGGUGCUGAGCCUCCUGGAGAUGGGGAACGCCGCGAGGCAUACCGGCGCCACGCACCUCAACCGCCUGUCCAGCCGCUCGCACACCGUCUUCACCGUGACCCUGGAGCAGCGCGGCCGCGUGCCCAGCCGCCUGCCGAGGCCCGCGGCCGGCCAGCUGCUGGUCUCCAAGUUCCACUUCGUGGACCUGGCGGGCUCGGAGAGGGUGCUCAAGACGGGCAGCACCGGCGAGCGGCUCAAGGAGAGCAUCCAGAUCAACAGCAGCCUCCUGGCGCUGGGCAACGUCAUCAGCGCCCUGGGCGACCCCCAGCGCCGCGGCAGCCACAUCCCUUACCGCGACUCCAAGAUCACCCGGAUCCUCAAGGACUCGCUGGGCGGCAACGCCAAGACGGUGAUGAUCGCCUGCGUGAGCCCCUCGGCCUCCGACUUCGACGAGACGCUCAACACCCUCAACUACGCCAGCCGCGCGCAGAACAUCCGCAACCGCGCCACGGUCAACUGGCGGCCCGAGGCCGAGCGCGCCCCUCUCCUUGCCCCACAGGAAGACGAGGGGGCUCUGCAGCUGCUGGCUCUGCAGAGCCAGGUGGCCCACCUGGAGGAGGAAAACCGGGACUUCCUGGCCGCGCUGGAGGACGCCAUGGAGCAGUACAAACUGCAGAGCGACCGGCUGCGUGCGCAGCAGGAGGAGAUGGCGGAGCUGCGGCUGCGGCUGGAGCUGGUGCGGCCUGGCUGGGGGGCCCCCGGGCUCCUGCGGGGCCUGCCCCCCCGCGCCUUCGUGCCCCGGCCCCACACAGCCCCCUCAGGGAGCGCCCAUGCCCACGUGCUGGGCGUGGCGCCUUCGGCUGGCCGCCCCGAGGACGGAGCCGGCCCUGAGAGCUGGGGCGAGGUGACAGCCGGCGGGGAGGCAGCCACCGUGCAGGUGGAGGGAGACAGGCAGGGAAGCGGGUCUUCGGCCGCCUCGGAGGAGGAGGAGGAGGAGGAGGAGGAGGAGGGGCCCCCGCGGGCCUUGCACUUGCGCAGAAACGGAAUCAGCAAGUGGAACCAGAGAGUGGGGGCCCCCCCGCAGAGCCCCUCACGCCAGAAGGGCACAGAGCUAUGCCUGGAGGAGCUGGGUGCUGCCAUCCCAGGGCCCAGAGGGGUCUGUGGGAGCCAGGCCCCUGCUGCCACGGCCUCUGAAUGGCGGCUGGCCCAAGCCCAGCGGAAGAUCCGGGAGCUGGCCAUCAACAUCCGCGUGAAGGAGGAGCUCAUCGGGGAGCUGGUCCGCACAGGGAAGGCGGCCCAGGCGCUGAACCGCCAGCACAGCCAGCGCAUCCGGGAGCUGGAGCAGGAGGCCGAGCGGGUGCGGGCCGAGCUGAGCGAGGGGCAGCGGCAGCUGCGGGAGCUGGAGGGCAGGGGGCCCCACGACGCCGGCCAGCGCUCCCAGCUCCAGGAGUUCCGCAAGAGGGUGGCCGCGGCCCAGAGCCAGGUGCAGGCGCUGCGGGAGAAGCAGCAGGCCACGGAGCGGCUGGCGUCGCUGUCGGCGCAGAGCGAGAAGCGGCUGCAGGAGCUGGAGAGGAGCGUGCAGCGCAUGCGCGUGCAGCAGGGGCAGCUGCAGCGGCGGCUGCGCGCGGAGACGGAGCAGAAGCGGCGCCUGGAGGCGGAGAUGAGCCGGCGGCAGCACCGCGUCAAGGAGCUGGAGCUGAAGCACGAGCAGCAGCAGAAGAUCCUGAAGAUCAAGACCGAGGAGAUCGCGGCCUUCCAGAGGAAGCGGCGCAGCGGCAGCAACGGCUCGGUGCUCAGCCUGGAGCAGCAGCAGAAGAUCGAGGAGCAGAAGAAGUGGCUGGACCAGGAGAUGGAGAAGGUCCUGCAGCAGCGGCGGGCGCUGGAGGGGCUGGGGCAGGAGCUGCGCAAGCGCGAGGCCAUCCUGGCCAAGAAGGAGGCGCUGGUGCAGGAGAGGACGGGGCUGGAGAGCAAGCGCCUGCGCUCCAGCCAGGCUCUCAACGAGGACAUCGCACGGGUGUGCAGCCGCCUGGAGCACCUGGAGAAGGCGCUGUCCGAGAAGAGUGGGCAGCUGCGGCAGGGCAGCGCCCAGGACCAGCAGCAGAUCCGCGGGGAGAUCGACGCCCUGCGGCAGGAGAAGGACUCACUGCUCAAGCAGCGGCUGGAGAUCGACGGCAAGCUGAGGCGGGUUUGCCGGGCCCGGCUCUGUGGGCGGAGGGCCACUGGGUUCCCGGGGCCUGGGCAGCAUCAAGCGGGCGGGUCUGGGCAGGUGGUGACCCUGCGGGAGGAGCAGCACCAGCAGCAGGUGGCCUUCUCGGAGCUGGAGAUGCAGCUGGAGGAGCAGCAGAGGCUGGUGUACUGGCUGGAGGUGGCCCUGGAGCGGCAGCGCCUGGAGAUGGACCGCCAGCUGACCCUGCAGCAGAAGGGGCACGAGCAGAACAUGCAGCUGCUGCUGCAGCAGGGCCGAGACCACCUCGGCGAGGCGGGCGUGGACAGCAGGAGGCAGUCCGAGGCCCGGACCCAGGCCCUGGAGAAGGAGCAGGGCCGCCACGUACGGGUGAACCAGGAGCUGAGGCAGGAGCUGAGGCAGGAGCUCGGCAGCCAGGGCGCAGCCCCGGGCCCGAGCCGGGGCCACGUUCUGCUGUCGUCACCGGGCGGGGAGAAGCAGAGCCCGGGCCCGGAGACCAGACGCCCCCCCGGGAGCGCGGAGGAGGUCGUGACUGCAGCUGGCCCAGGCGGCUGUCGGCAGCCUGGCUCCCAGCCCCUCACCCCCACCACCAGCUCCCACACGAGGGCAGGCUCUCACGGGUACCCCGAAGCCUCUGCGGGGGACCUGGCCAACUUGUCUUCAGUGCUUGCCCAGCUCCCGGGCAUCCCUGCCUCGGGGCGGCCCGCGGGGACCCCACAGCAGGCCUCCGAGCCUUAG